GUGUGUGUGUGUGUGUGUAGUGCUGGGAGCGCGCUCUUGUUUGAAAGUGAACACACGGUCCACCGCCUCCUCACACCGUGUCGGACCCGGAGUCUGUGCCAGUCUGGACUCUUCCAGUCAGUGACGCCGUGCGUAAAGCUGCUGCCCAGCGUGCCACAGACUGACGCACACACUCUGCGGACUGUGGGAACAUUUCACACUUCACCUGCGCGCGUUUCCCGCUCAGCAUGUCCGUCAGAUGAGCUCCGAGCUGCGGCUCAGGUGGAUGAGAUGUGACCAUGUCCUUUACGCACCGGCUCGCUCUGCUGCUGCUGGGCUUCACCGUCAUCCACACGGUUAAUGGAAAGUUUACCCUCUGCCAGUUCGUGUGGGAGAUGCAGAGAGCCGAGAGAGAGUGUCAGACACAACUACAGCAGCAGACGCCUGCAAGGGCAGGAUGUGGUGGCUUCUGGGACAACGUGUCUUGUUGGCACGGCGCUGUGGUCGGCGAGGUGAGGACCCUUCCGUGCCCCUCCCCCCUCCUGCACCUGUUUGGAGUACAAGGUAGCGUCAGCAGGAACUGUACAGAGAAAGGUUGGUCAAGCGUCUACCCGGACGUCAAAUUCGCCUGCCAGUCAAACUACACAGACGCAACCCCCGACCUGGUCUUCUACAGGGUGGUGAAAAUACUGUCCACUCUGGGCCACAGCCUGUCCCUCAUCGCUCUGCUCAGCAGCACCAUCAUCAUGUGUUUGUUCAGGAGGCUCCACUGCACGAGGAACUACAUCCAUCUGAACCUGUUUGUGUCGUUCAUGCUGCGAGCCGUGGCCGUGCUGGUCAAAGACUCGCUGCUCUUCCUGGACGACGAAACGACAGAUUGCAGCGCGCAGCCCUCGCUGGUGGGCUGCAAGGCCAGCCUAGUGUUCUUCCACUACUCCAUCAUGGCCAACUUCUUCUGGCUGCUGAUAGAGGGUCUCUACCUGCACACACUGCUGCUCGUCAUCCACAACGUCUCCAUUCGCCUCUCCGCCUACAUGCUCAUCGGCUGGGGAAUCCCUUUUGUUUUCAUGGUUGCGUGGAUCAUCUGUAGGAUAAACCUGGAGGACAUAAGGUGUUGGGAGAUCAAUGACAACCCCAUCCCCAACAGAUUGAUCAACUGGCCCAUCACGGCAUGUGUCAUUAUCAGCUUCAUUCUGUUCAUCAGCAUCAUCCGGAUCCUGGUACAGAAACUGCGCUGCACUGAUGUCGGAGGAAAUGAGCAGUCACAGUAUAGCCGUCUGGCUAAGUCCACCCUCCUGUUGAUCCCUCUGUUCGGGAUCAACUACGUAGUGUUCGCCUACAUGAUGGAGCCGACUAACAAAAACAUGGAACGCAUCAAGAUCUUUUUUGAACUCGCCCUCGGAUCCUUCCAGGGUCUAAUUGUGGCCGUCCUUUAUUGUUUCCUCAACAGCGAGGUCCAGAGCGAGUUGAGGAGGACGUGGAGGAGUUUAUCGCUCAAGCGUUACGUGGGGCGGGACUACAGGCUGCACGCCAUGUCGGUCAGCCGUAACGGCACUGAACACUCCGCUCAGUUUCCCAGGAACUCCCGAGCUCAGUCCAUCCUGCAGACUGAGAUCACCAUGCUCUGACCACGGACAGAGGCGAUCUGUUUUUGGAAAAACACUCCGAACUGAUGCUCAUAUCAAGAGUGACUGCGUACGGUCACUCAAAGACACUUUUACAGACAUAUCGUUUUUCUACUGCAGGGAUUGAACCUGGACUUCCUGUUGGACUGUGUUCGUCACUUGAACUCAUAAAUCAGUUGAAAUCAUGCAGAACAGAGACCUGCAUCAAAUAUCGGUUCUUCCUUUCACACCAUUAAACAUUAUAAAAAAUAUUAUAUUAUAAUAAAUAUUUCCAGUUGUUGCAUAUUUCUGGGAGACAGCUGAAUGUUUCAUGUUGCUAUACUGAAGACGACCAUUACCUUUGAUAAGUUUUAAUCAGUUUUGUGCCACAGAUAUUUUAUACAGCUGCAUGAUUUUUGAUUUUCUUUGGGGUUAAUAUCUUGUUUUUAGAUGAACACGCUCCAAAUUUACCACAAAGACCAAAAGCAAUAAUCAAUGUAUUUGAAAUAUGUUAUAAAAUUUGAUUAAUAACCAAAGUUACACAUUAUGACAAUCAUAGGCUUGUGAUUAUUUAUUGUUAUUUUUUGAAUUAUAGUGGAUCCAAAGAAGCAGACCAGGCAGACAUGACGUCACGUCCAUUUCAUGUUAGAUUCACCUGAACUGUCGGAGUCGUGACUGUGUGGCUUUAAUUACAGGGAGUGUCAAAAAGGGAAGAUAAUAUUCAUAGCUGUGUUUUAAUUAGUGUAUAAUCAACUGAAAAUAAGAAUCAUAUUUUUUAGUUUGUUUGUUUUUUUCCCCUGGCUCCUACAGUAGCCCAGAGCAGACAGACACUAUCGUCAUUUUUGUGCUUUUUUACCAAGACCACUGUAGCUUCUUCUUCACGGGAAGGAGAGGGUGAGGCGAGGAGGUUGCAAUAAGCUAGAUACUCACUGAAUCUUCUUUGCAACCUGUUAGAUUCAAAUGUCUACCAGCUGUGACAACUUUAAGAAAAGAUUCAUGUUUUUUUUAAGACUUGUUUCAGUAUAUUUCAAAUAUUUUCAACAGCUUGAACUGGUAAAAUUAUCCAGUAGCUCACAAGAAAAAAAAAAACGUUCUGCUUGCCGUUCCUGGUGAAUCAUCUCACGCCUCAGAUUUAGGCCAUGGCCACACAUGGGUGAAUUUGCAGGAUUUCUUACGUGUACAGUUUCAACUUAGAGAGCAUCGACCAACAACAAAGACCGAACGUGCUCAUUCGCUUUGGUAGGCGAUGGUAAUUUCUCUGUAUUUGCAGUGUGUGAUCGUAUACGUGGGACCAUUGCUGGGGUCCCGACCCACAUGUUGGGAACUACUGUCCUUAACAGAGUUCAGGAAACAUACAGGUUACUGUAGCUCACGUAAAUCGUGAUUAUCCAUCUUUUCUGUUCGUUGUGUGUUUUUGUGACAAAUUGAGGGCUUUUCUGUUAUUUUCAAUUUUGUACUGAUGUUUUUGAAUUGGUCUUGGAUUUAAGUGUUUCCCUCCAGGGUAUGAAGCUAUAGACCAGUAUUCCUCAGUACAAGAGAAUCAUUGCCUUUAAGUGAAGUAAAUGAAAGAAUAAAUUAUGGUCAGAGUAUAUUUUUAACAGGCAAGGUUAUCCAUUACGGACGAGGAUUAGGGCCACAUGUCAGAAUUCUGAGUUUGAGACCUAAUCCUCUUCCGUAAUUCAUCACAUCAGCAUCCUGAAAUGAAAAUUAAUGAUAUGUGACGUUCAGUUUUAAGAAUAUCAGCAAACUGAUACAUCAGUCUAACCCUCCGCAACAGUAAACGUGUGACACAAGCAGUCGGCUUACAAACAGCCAACAAAAGAGCCUUGCUUUGUACAAAGAAUGAUUGUUUUGUAUUUUAUGUCUUGUCUUUUUUUUUUUUUACACAAUUGAGUGUAUUAAUGUUGGUUAUGUACAUGAGGCCGAGGGAGACUGAGACAUUUGUAAUCUUUUGAACACCACUGUAAACCUGUGACUGUGACGUUUUAUGUAUAAAAGCUUUUAUCAUAGAGACAGAGUCAGGUUUGUUCUUUCUAUUGUGCACUGCACACAGACUUUAUGAUUGUAUAACCUAAUGUUUUAUAAAUAUGUCUAUGAAUUUCUGUUUUUAAUGACUCAAUAUAUUGAAAUACCUGACGAGAUGCGGUGGUGGAGGAAGUAUUCAGUAUCCAUAAAGUAAAAGUACUGAUACAAACUC